AUGAAAAAAUUAAAUUAUUUGUUGAUUGUUUCAUUUAUUUUCAUUUUAAAUCUUUUGAUUUCAAAAUCACAAGUUUUAAUUGAUGUUACAGCAAAAUGUGAAUUAAUCGAUUCUUUAUCACCAUGUAAAGAUAAUUUAAAUUACACUCACAUUUAUUUACCUACAGGGUAUACACAAGCAGCAAUUUCUGCCCAAAUUACACCAUUAUUCCAACAAGCUUCAAUAUUACCCACAGAUUGUCAAUCAAAUUUAAAAAAUCUUCUUUGCAUUUCAUCAUAUAUGGAAUGUAAUGAAAAUAUUCCCAAUAUUUCUCCAUCUUUCCCUUUACCAUCAUAUCCAUGCAAUAAAUAUUGUGAAAAAGUAAAAGAUGUUUGUUCAGCAUAUAUGGCAAUACUUGGUCCAUAUGUUAAUUGUUCAGCUGUACAAAAUGGAAAUGAAUUCUUCCCACAUACAGGUACAGAUUAUGAUUUGACAGCAUAUGGAGGCAGUGCAAAUGAAGAGAUUCAAUGCUCUGGUCCAAAUUUAGCAUCAAAUUCCACAUCUGCACCAAUAAAAUUCUGUCCAUCACCAUUAAUUUGGGUUGAUUCAGAUACAAUUAAUAAUAAAAGAGCUUACCAAGAAACAACACCAAAUUGUGUUUUACCAUGUCCAACUAAUGUAUACACUGAAAAGGAAUACAAAACUAAAUUUUAUUCAGAGGCAAUUUUAUUCAGUUUUUCAACAGCAUGUUCAUUUUAUUUAAUUUUUACAUUUGGUGUUUUUCCAAAUAAAUAUACAAAUCGUAAUUGGAUUAUUGUUUAUCUUGGUAUAACAGCUAUAUGUUUAGCAAUAAGUUAUGCAGUUCAAGAAGCUAGAUAUGGCGGUGGUGAUUGGAGAUGUACUUCUGAUCCUGGUAGAUAUAAAAGUAGUGAGGAUGGAACUUGUAUUUUAGGUGGAUUUUUCUUUCAAAUUGGUGGUUUAGGUACUAUUCUUUUCCUUUCAUUAUAUAGUUUUGAUAUGUUUUUAACAAUGAAUAUGAUGACAAAUAAAUACUUUAUUCAAACAUCAGUUGGAAUGUGGGCAUUGAUUAUUUUUUAUGCAUUAUUGCCAAUUAAACAUUAUGAAUCUUCAAUUGCAUCAGCUGGUUGUUGGUUAUCAAAUGAAGAUAAUAUGUUUUGGCAAUAUUUUUGUUUUUAUGUUCCAUCUUAUGUUGCAACCUUUUUUUUGGGAGUUUUCAUUAUAACCUCAAUUUAUAAAGUAUUCAAAAUGACUGUAAUGUUUAAGUCAAUUAAAGAUAAAAGAAUUUUAUUAUUAAAUAUAAGAUCAAUUAUAUUUUUAAUUGCAAUCAUGUUUUGUGUUUCUUUUUCAACAAUGUAUCCAUUAUAUGUAACAUAUAAUGGUGAUGAUUUUUCAAAAUCAGUUGAAGUUUAUGUUACAUGUUUAUAUGCAAAUAUUCCAAAUGGUAAUGAAGUUUGUCCCCAAAUUGUAUUCCCUCAAUUUUCAUUGCGUUAUAUGAAUGCAAUUACAAUGGCAAUCAUUGGUAUUGUUGGUUUAAUUGGGUUAGGUAUUGAUCCACAUAUUCUUCAAAUUUAUAGAGAAUCAAUUAGAUUUAAAUUUUUAUUAGGUUUAGUAGGUAUUCAAUGGGGUACUAACUCCCCACAACCAUUAAAACAAGGUAGUACUACUGAUUCAUCAUCAGGUUCUGGUAGUGGUAAUGGUUCUAAUAGUGGUAAUAAUAGAGAAAAUAGAAAAUCACAAAGAAAAUCUCGUGGUGUUUCAAUUGGAAUGAAAAAAAUUAAUUUAUCAGCUAGUUCUGAAAGUUCUAAUAAUUUACUCAACCAAUCCACUCCUGGAAAUUUAAAUAUUAAUGAAAGUAUUUCAAGUAUUGAUACAAGUAAUAAUAAUAAUAAUAAUAAUAAUAAUAAUAAUAAUAAUAAUAAUAAUAAUAAUAAUAAUAAUAAUAAUAAUAAUAAUAAUAAUAAUAAUAAUAAUAAUAAUAAUAAUAAUAAUAAUAAUAAUAAUAAUAAUAAUAAUAAUUAUAGUAACAAUAAUAAUAAUAAUAAUAAUAAUAAUAAUAAUAUUGAAAGAAUAAAUAGUGAUAAUGUAUAA